AUGGAGUUUGGAGAAAGGAAAAGGAGAAGGAAGUCUCAAAGCUAUAAAUUGGUGAAGGAUCAAGAGUUUGAUCCAAUGUAUUUUGACAGCUCUGUCAAUAGAGAUGUCAAUGGAGAGUCUAAAGAUGCAGCUGUGCCAGAGGUCUGGCUGGAGGAUGAGGGCAUGGAGAUCAAGAAACAAAUCACAGGGAUGAUGAGGCUGUUGAGUGACAAAGCUGGUCGGAUUUAUCAACGUGUUGGAUCAGAGGGGGACAGCCUAAAACAGGAGCCCCAGGAGAUGCACCAGAGCUGGGCACAACCAGUUACCUUCCCUCUUGUAUCGGAAGACCACCAGCUAUGUGUGUGGAGUUCGACAGGGGAACCAGUUUCCGCUCUGUCAUCAAAUACCACCUCAGUGCCUAAUGGGCAAGGCUAUAAUCAGUACAGCACACGUUCCAAAACCCUGAGGAUGCUCAACAACGCCAAGGGAGCAGUCAAAACUAAUGAUGUUCCCCCUGUUGAUGUUGAAGCUCCCUGCUGCAUGUGUAACUGUAAGAGCACCUUGGAGGCUAUUCUACAGGAACUACGUGGCAUGAGAAGGCUAAUGCAGGUGCAGAGAGGAUCCCAGGACCAACAACAGUCAAUAUCUCCAUGCCCCCCAUGCCCUGUGCCAUCACAGCGUCGUAGACCGCGUAAGAGGAGACCUGUCCACAAGGUGGCACCCUUGAGUACACCUAGUAAAAGAAUUGUUGCCCCCCUCCGGCCACCCUACUCAACUGUCACUUUACCCCCCGAGCCCGGAGGAACAAGGGUAAUAAAGAGAGAGAGAAUCUCCUCCCCAGCCUCACCAGUCCCACCUGAUGUCACAACCGUGCAAGCACAGAACAAGCCCAGCGCUGUCAUUGGUCCACACAGCCCUCACUAUGGGCAACCCAGGGCACAGCAGUCCUCUGAGUCUGACGUGCUUUUGGCAGAGGAGUAUGAUGUUGUCAUCCCCAAGACCCAGCUGGACUCUAUCCUGGUGAACUACACACGCUCAGGCAGCCUGCUUUUCAGGAAGCUGGUGUGUGCCUUUUUUGAUGAUGCUACUCUGGCUAAUUCACUUCCCAAUGGCAAGAGGAAGAGAGGACUUAAUGACCACCGCAAAGGCUUGGACCAGAACAUAGUGGGGGCCAUCAAAGUGUUUACAGAGAAGUACUGCACUGCUAACAGAAUAGAGAAACUUCCUGGCCCUCGAGACUGGGUGCAGAUCUUGCAGGACCAAAUCAAGCUAGCCAGAAGACGGCUAAAGAGAGGCUGUAACUCUGGGAAUUCAGCCAGUUUGAUUGAGGCGAGGAAGAAUGUGACAGAUUAA